AACAGUCCAGUCGUACGGUCAGCAGCCAGUUGUGUGCGCGUGUCUGAGUCGAGUAGGUGCGAUCUGUGAUUUGUGUUAACCGCGUAAACUAAAUAUUAAAAUGACAACAGUGAAAGAACACGCCGAAGCUAACGCCAUUGUCAGUGACAAUCCCAAGAAUAUACCUGUCUGGUUGAACGAACAGUUCUUCGAGGACAUCUUCGUGGAAGGGCAUCGGUUGGAGCGGAACACUUUCAGGGUUAAAAUCAACACCAUUGUUCCGACCGGAGGAGCGGGAGAAAAUUACACAUCAAUGCUUUAUCGUGCCAAUGUGGAUGCUGAAAGUGAUGAUGGCGACACUAAAACGCUGGCUACUAUGGUAAAAGUAAUGGACGCUGCGCCGGAAAUCAAGCAAUUCGGAGUAUUUGCAAAGGAGAAAAUCGCAUACCAAAAACUGCUGCCAACUAUUGAACAACUUUGGAUGAAUGUCGGAGAGACAGUACGAUUUGGCCCACGAUGCUGGAAAACGAUUGAAGGAGAGAUUGAUCUGAUUGUAAUGGAUGAUCUGAAUGCUCUUGGAUACAGUGUGGCGGAUCGUAAGAAAGGAGUAGAUCUGCAGCACGCUCAGAUUUUCCUUACGAAGCUAGCAAAGUUCCACGCCGUCACGGCUACCGAUUAUAGAAAGAAUGGACCAAUUCACUCUCUGUAUGAUAAUGGUUGGAUACAGCAGGAAGGAAGAGCUUUCUUCGAACAAUUUCUAAAAUGUGUGCAACCACUUGUUCUUGAUUUGUUAGAUUCAUGGCCGGGUUAUGAGAAGUACAAACUAAAACUGGAGAAGAACUUCAAAGGUGCCUUCGAUAAGCUAAUGGAGGCAACAAUGAAAGAUGACUCAGGUUUUGUUGCACUGUGUCAUGGAGAUACUUGGACCAACAAUCAUAUGUAUAGCUAUCACGAAUCGGACAAAGCAAAGGACGUUUUACUGAUCGAUUACCAAGGACCAUACUACGGUUCACCUGUAUUGGAUAUUCUCUACUAUAUAAUAACAUCGACGGAACUGAAACUGAAAACAGAGCAGUUUGAUGAGUUGGUGCAGUUCUAUCAGGAACAACUCGCAGAUAAUCUGCGAAAACUGAACUAUCCUGGAGCUAUUCCAAACCUGCGAGAAAUCCACAUAGAAAUACUGAGGCAUGGUUACUUCGCGAUGCAGUGCUUGUACAGUAUACUACCGGUGGUGCUGGCCGAUAAGAACGACAACGCAAAUCUUGCUGGCUUCGUUGGAGAUGCGGAAGAGAACCGCCAAUUCCGCCGCGAUGUGUUCAACAAUCCGCUUUAUCACGAGCAUUUGAAAGUGGUGAUCAAAAUGUUAGAUGUUAGGGGGUUUUUAGAUCAUGACUAAACAAAUGUUGUAAUUUGUGUUUCAAUGUACAUGCAAGUAGCAAAAAAUAAGUGAAAAAUGUAUAUUUCUUCAACUCUGGAUUUUAAGACCAUGUAAAUAACAAAAAAUAUGACACCUUGUAAAAGCACGAAA